CCAAUCUUUCCUCUAUAGCUGCACCUGAUUGUCAGAUCGGUUGGAUCAUCUGGCCUCGCGAUGGAAUCUGAGAAUUGGAAUCCCAAUCCGCUGCUGAUGAGCCUGGAUUUUGAAGAGUUCAUGAAGACAGUGUCAUAUAGAGUGAAACAAGAGUGCACAGAUGGCAUUACGAACGGAGAGAUCAUUCGGAAGCCUUAUAGCUCUCCUUCGACAGACUCAGAACUCGUUUCGUCCCAUGGUUCGCCUGCCUCCUGAGAUCUUAGGAGAGAUAUUCCAAUAUGCCUGCUCGUGGUGCUUCAGGUGUCAUCUUGCUCAGCGUUGGACAGGUCUCAAGGAAGUACUGCAAUCUCUAUGCAAAGUGCUGCACGUAUGCUGUCAUUGGCGUAUAGUUGCUCAUGGUGUGCCUGCCCUCUGGAAUUGUUUGGAUAAUUCUUAUCCAUUGGCCGAACACUUCUUCCUCGAACGCAGUCGCACCGGCGAUCUUGCUGUCAGAAUCAGAAUUGGCGAAAGCAAUGAGGAUGGAGACUUUGAGCACUUUUUCAAGUCUCACUCCUUACGCUUGCGUGAGUUACACAUGUGGAUUGGGUACGAGGAGGUGUCUCCUGAUUUCUGCAUCAAACCUAUACGGCUUCGUCGGUUGAACCUGAGUACCCGUUUCACCAGAUCAACACCUUCUUUUGCGACUAUGUUAUUCACUGCGUGUUCAUCGUCCUUGGAGCAAAUGCAGCUCGAAGGCCUCGAUGGGAUCCCACAUCACCGCUUCGACAACCUGACAUAUUUACAACUCGUUUUCGUCCGGGCAUCUGUACCAGAGUUCCUUGAACUACUGUCCAAUUGUCCAAACCUGACCGAUUUGCAGUUGUUCCAUCCCAAAAUACGUGAAGGCAGUGCAAAUGAUGAUUACGUCCUUUCAUUGCCCAAUCUGCGCAGGUUACGCAUCAAAAUCGGUCGGUCGGUCCUUGCUGCCUCCUUGAUCUCAAAAAUCCCCCUCAGCACCAGUAGGCGUGCUCAAUUCUUAGAGUUCGGCACGCCAGUUCAGUUCGUCGACCUCAAAUACCAAGGGGACGGCGAUGCCGAGCAGAUGCCGAGUAUUAUGUAAGCCAAGUGGCUCGUGGGAACGCUAGGCAGGGAACAGGAGUGGCGAGAUUAUUUCCGAAGGAUUGCUUUACAUUUUCUCGAUUUUUAUU